AUGCAACUAUCUAAAAGUGUAUUACUAGCGGCAUUGGCUGCUACCCCAUCUUUGGUGAGUGCCAUGCUUCCAAUCCAUAUCAAAAACUAUAGGUUUAUUAAGCCAUCAUCUACCAAAAAUAGCGAGUCCGAUAAUGAAGUUUUCUUCGUAAAAGGUGUUGAUUAUCAGCCGGGUGGAUCGUCCGGUUACGAUGCUGACUCCGGUGCAGAUAUUCUUUCUGAUCCUGAGAUAUGUGCCAGGGACGCCUACACUUUCCAGCAACUUGGCGUCAACACAGUUAGAAUAUACUCCUUAAACCCUGAUCUAAACCAUGAUGAGUGCAUGACCAUCUUCAACAACGCCGGAAUUUAUGCCAUUUUGGAUGUCAAUAGUGGUAAUUACGGUGAAAGUUUGAAUCGUGCCGAUCCAUCUGGUACCUAUGACUCUUUGUACUUGUCAAGAGUGUUCAAAUUCAUUGAUGCUUUCAAAAACUAUCCUAAUGUGCUAGGUUUUUUUUCUGGUAACGAAGUCAUAAAUGAUGAAAAGAACUAUGCAAAAAUCGAUCCUCCAUACAUCCGUGCUGUUCAAAGAGACAUGAAACAGUAUAUUGCCAAGCACGCAAAUAGAACUAUCCCUGUUGGGUAUUCUGCUGCCGACAAUACUGAUUUGAGAUUGGCGACUUUCAAAUACUUACAAUGUAAUUCAUUAGAUGGCAAAAAAGUCAAUGACGAUUUAGAUAUCUCUAGAUCUGAUUUCUUUGGUCUAAAUACUUAUGAGUGGUGCUCCGGUGUCUCCGACUGGCAAUCAUCUGGCUACGACAAACUAAACUCAACUUUCGAAGAUGCUGUCAUUCCAUUAAUCUUUUCUGAAUAUGGCUGCAAUACAAAGACUCCAAGAACUUUUGAUGAAGUUUCUGAAGGUUUGUAUGGUGGCUUGAAGAACGUCUUCUCAGGAGGGCUGGUCUAUGAGUACACUGAGGAAGCUAACAAUUUCGGUUUAGUCAAAGUUGACGAUAGUGGUUCUUUAGCCUAUAAGGAUGAUUUCACUAAUUUGGAGUCACAAUUGAAGAACAUUUCAUUACCAACAACAAAAGAAAGCGAGCUUUCCUCAGAUUCCAUCUAUAAGUGUGACAAUAGUGCCAUCACCGAAAUAUACUCUGGCUUUGGUACAGAUAACUUCACAUUGCCUUCCCAACCAGCAGAAAUUGUCAACAUGAUUAAAUAUGGUGUUAAUGGCACUAACACCGGGAAAAUUUUGACUGAUUAUGCUGUUCCCACUACAUUUAAUUAUACAAUCAAAAACAAUAAAGGUGACACCGUCUCGGCUACUAUCUCCUAUGAUAAAGCUAAUACAUUGAACGAACUAGACGUCACAGCCACAGCAGUCGCCAAGUCAGCCUCCACACCUCAAUCAUCUUCUCACUCCGUUACUUCAAGUACCAGUGGAUCUUCAAGUGCGGGGAAAUCUUCAAGCACUAGUUCGUCCUCAACAUCAAACAGUGCUAAAAGUAAAGGUGUUGGAAACAUCGUCAACAUUUCCCUCAAUCAAUCUGGAUAUCUUGCCUUAUUUGUAGGUUUAAUAUCUGCAUUUUAA